CGUGUGAAAUAACGUGUUGCCGUCCUUCGCUCCCGCAGCCCUCGGUGACUCAGCGGUCCCCCGGAGCAGCGCACGUGAUGCACCCUGUGACACAGCAGCCUAGAUCACAAAGUCCAGUGUGGGGUUCAAACUGAAACAAACCUGGGUGCUUUCAAACUGCUGAUACCUCCCCUGCAGGCCGGUAAAAACGUGAUUGUACCUUCGGGAAAGACGCCAUGCUGAACUGCUCCUGCGCCGGACUGUAUGAAUAAAUCAAGUUCUCCGCUCUUUGUGAUCGAGGGUCUGGGAAUUGUCUACAGCUGCACCUUCUGGACGCGACUCUUGCGGCAGGAUACUCUAGGACACCUCUCAACGCUGGGGGAUGGCGGUGAAUGUGUACGCCACGUCUGUAACCAUCGAGAACCUGAGCCGACAUGACAUGCUGGCCUGGGUCAAUGACUCCCUGCAGCUCAACUACACGAAGGUGGAGCAGCUGUGUUCAGGGGCAGCUUACUGUCAGUUUAUGGACAUGUUGUUUCCUGGCUGUAUCCUCCUGAAGAAAGUGAAGUUCCAAGCCAAGCUGGAGCACGAGUACAUACACAACUUCAAAGUACUUCAAGCAGCUUUCAAGAAAAUGAAUGUGGAUAAAAUAAUCCCGGUAGAAAAGUUAGUGAAAGGCAAGUUCCAGGACAACUUUGAGUUUGUGCAGUGGUUCAAGAAGUUCUUUGACGCCAAUUACGACGGGAAGGAAUACGACCCCCUGCUGGCCAGGCAGGGCCAGGAAAUAGCCCCGCCCCCCAAUCCAGUACCCCAGAGGACAUCCCCAACGGUGCCCAAAAACGUGCCGACGCCCCCCAGGGCUGUCAACAACACCUUGUCUGUCAGCACGAGGAAGAACCCGCCUGCUUCCCGGAACGGUGGCAGUGAAGCCGAUGCUCAGAUCAUGGAGCUCAACCAACAGCUAUUGGACCUGAAGCUGACGGUGGAGGGACUAGAGAAAGAGAGGGAUUUCUACUUCAGCAAGUUGCGCGACAUUGAGCUCAUCUGUCAGGAGCACGAAAGUGAAAACAAUCCCAUUCUGGCCAGGAUCAUUGACAUUCUCUACGCUACAGAGGAAGGCUUUGCACCACCAGAAGACGAUGACAUUGACGGGCAACCGCACGAGGACCAGGACGAAUACUGAAGCCUCCUUCUCUUCCUCACUCGACCCAUCUCAGUUUCUCCCCUCCUCUCUUUGCCCUUGAACUUCCUGCUCACACUUGCACUGCUCUCGUCUCCAUCUCUCUGACUUCUUCCCCUGGCUGUCCACAUGUGCAGUGUACUGACUGACAUCCAACAGCCUUUUGACGCCCCCCUCACCCAGGCAGUUGCAAAUUAGCAGUAGUGACUAAUCCAAAACAUUUCUGCACGAUUUAAAACUGAGAAUGAGCAAACCAGUGCAAUAUUAGUGCAGUAAGAUAUUGUACUAAGCUGUAAAUAUUUUCACGAGAAGAGAUUCUGGGUCAUUUGGUCCCUUAAUAGGGUUGCUGUUUCGCCUGCAUUUUUGGGCCUGAUUUGAACCAAUUUCCAGAUUUUUUGCAUUUUACCAUCUCUAGACUAGGCCUGGUUUAUGGCUCAUUCCAUCGACUCUCGGCGUAGCUUUUCAGCAUCAAAAUCCGC